AUAUGGGUUAACCAGUGAACCAAUUGUCCUCAGCAUGCAAAGGGGCGUCGUCGACGUGCUUACCUCCACGCAUCUUGUACCCAAGCAAACCUAAACGCCGUGUUUGUAACUCGCCAACAGUUGUGAGAUAAACAAUCUGCGGUGUUCUCCUAUGAAACCUAACUUUUGCUUCUAAUACCGGUAAGGCGCCAAGGCUUGCCUAGCAACCAGUUAUGGGCAAAGACACCAAAAGCGAUAGAAGGCCAAAUGCACCGUCAAGCAGCGCACGGGCUGCGGUUGUGCUUGCGAGCAAGGCUGGCGGCUUUGUCCUCGGGGGACUCGCGGGCGCUACCGCAAGUAGCCCGGGCUUUGGGUUUGGCGAUCCCACGGCUUGUUUCCUCACUAAUUCAGGACCAACCAGCGCGAGCAGUAGUGCUGCUGGCUCCCGGUAUGCCAGCGGGGAUGUUACCCUCCCGCUGCAGGUCGAUGGCGAGAUUGCGCAAUGCUUUCGGCACCUAUCCAAAAAGGAUUCCACCACGAAGAUAAAGGCCCUACAGAACCUCCGCGCGCUGCUGCCCAGCCGCUCCACCACCGACCUGCUCGCCGCGCUGUCACCCUGGGUCUAUGUGUACAGCCGCCUCAUCCUGGAUUCAAGCCGUGUCGUACGGCAAGACACCGCCGCAACCCUGGCGACCGUGCUACAGCUGUUGGGCAAGGCGGUUGCGCCACAGCUUAAGAGCCUCAUGGGGCCCUGGUGGCUCGCCAUGCACGACACCUACCCUGAUGCCGCAGAUGCCAGUCGCGCCGCCUUUGCCGCGAUGUUUCCUGAGCCACGGCGGCAGUUGGAUGUUGUACUGUAUUGCCGUAAUGAGCUCGUGUUGUACUUAAUGGAUCAGCUGGCGGCGACGCCGCAGCAGCUGGGAGACCCCAGAAAGGACAGCGCCGAGGAGCUGGAGGACCGGCACGAGCGGGUGCAGGCGGGCUGCAUGGCGGCGCUGGCGGCGCUGGUGGACAGGCUGGCCACGCCAGCAGCGGGGGGGCGCCAACCAGCAGCAGCGGAGAGCGCAGGAGCAGCGGUGGCCUCUGCAGGAACCAGUGCCGCUCCGGCCGCCGCUGGAAGCGCCUCAGCGACAGAACGAGCGGCUGUCGCUGCAGGAAGGGAGGAGCUGCUCGCCUCCAUUAGCGACGUGAUAUGUCGUCCAGGAUUUUGGAAGGACACGGCGGGGGCUAAGAGCACCGCAAUACGGCGAGCAUCGUACGGCCUGGCAGGGUGUGUGGCGCUGCGGGCCCCUGAACUGCUGUCGGGCUGCUUGGCGGAGAGCGCCGUAUGCGUGCUGGGCGCCCUGGGGGAGAAGGAGGCGGCUAACCACGGAGCCAUGUGGGAGGCAGUGCUGGCGUACGGCAAGUGCUGCCUGGGGAGGUGCUGGGCCCGGGGCCGGAGGUGCUGGCGGCGCUGCUGGGAAGCGUGUGGGCGGGCCUGCGGCACCCGGCGUGUAGCGGCAGGCCCGCCAAGUCCGCCAGUGUGGCAGCCUACCGGGAGUGCCUAGUGUGGGGCCUCCUGAACAGUGCCCGCCUGGUGCAGCUGCCAGCAGCAGCCACCGGUAGCUCCCCUCCUGCGGUCUCUGCUAGCGGCUCACCCCUCGUUACCAGCGCUGGUGCCGCUGCUGCUGCUGGCGACUACUGCCGGACUCUGGUGCGGAGCAGCCUAGUGCAGCAGGUUCUACCGGCGGUGCUGCGACCUACGGGCCAGUCACUCAGAGAGCUUGCUGCGGAAUUGGUGGCGGAGACCCUGCAGGCGCUGGUGGGGGCGGUAGAGAAGAGCGCGUCUACCCCAGGACACGAGGACGCCAGAACAUCCACCAGCAGCGGCAGCACUUGCAGCGACCUGGCUCUGGAGUGCACGCUAGAAGAGUUAACACAGCACCUUUCGGAGGCGCUGGCAGCAGCGGUUUCCGCCGCUACAGCUGCUGGCUCACCCUCCACCGGGCCAACGGCAGCAGCGUCAGAGCUGGAAAGCACAUGUGAGGGCGCGACAGCGUUGCUGGCUCGUCUCCGCCGAAUCCCAGGUUUAGGUUCAGGUUCGGGUCCUGGUCUGGCCUCGCAGCUUGCGAAGGCGGUUGCCAAGGGCCUUACGACCGCCGGCCAAGCUGGCUUGCCACCAGCAGCGUCGCAGCUGCUGGCGACACUGCUGCGGGUGUACGGCGGAAGCUUGACGGCGGCGCUGCUGGCUGCGCCGACUGCUGUGUCCACAGAAGGCGCUGCGGUUAUGGAUAUCGCGGCUUGCUCCCUGCCCGCAUCAGUGGGCGAAGGGGAGGCCAGUACCGGCAGCCUGGCGAGACCCACGGGCCACAGCGUCAGCAGCUUCAACUUGGGUCCCCUUGUCGCGUCGUUCGUUGCCAGCCCUGUAGCGGACCGUUCCGCCAUUGCCUCCGCUGACCUGUUGGUAGCUUUCUGCCACGGCCACACUGCUUCGCCUCAGCUCUGGGACCAAGUGAUAGCAGCGGUGAUCGGCUCAAGGAGCAGGGCAGCAGCGGCAGAAGGCGGCAGUGACCCCGCUGCCGCAGCUUCCGCAGCUCAGCACGUGCUGUUGUUGCUGGAGCGCUGUGUGGCCAACAGCGGGCUGGAGGGACAGGCUCCCAAGGAUACUGAAGGAGCAGCGCAGCAGCAGCCCCAAGGUGGGUUCGCUUGGAAGUCGCCCUCGCUAGACGCCUUCGCGGUGGACAUGGCUCGUUGCCUGCCGCAUCAAUACGAGGCUGCAGCGGCCGCACCAUUUCUAUCCUUUGUCUUGGGCUCGAACACCGCGGGCCUUGUGCUCCUGGAGCCUUCUGCCGCCGCCAUGGUCGUCGAAUGCCUGGCUAGUCACAUGACUGCGGCCGCAAAGGUCGUUUCAGAGCCGGUCACUGCAGCAGCUGUACACGCGGCCGAGCAAGCCGUGGCUGCACUCUGCGUUCCGCUGGGCAACGGCGGGUGCGGUUUGUGGCGGGUUCUUCCUGAGGGGGC